ACAAUAAACACAAACAUGGAUAGAUUUCUUGAACUUCGAAACUUCUUUCCUUCGAAAAACCUUCCUUCAUCCUGCAAACUGGGCUCUUGGGGUCGGAGGUACAGAGACAAUUAAUCCUCUUUUAACUGUCAAGUUCUGUCGUUGCCAUUGAUUCCUAUAAUGGGCAGGAAGGCUAAGGAAUGAGUAGCUUACAUCUUGCAACCACCCAUAAUCCCAGAUCAUAAGGCUUCCCAGAAUCUUCCGUCAGGGGAGGAACUGCAGGCAGAUCUCAUGUAGAUAAAUUCUGGAACUCGUGGGAGUCAGACAGACAAACAAGGAUCUGGGAGAGAAUCAUCACAACCUCGGAGCCAUAACAAUGAACUACUGGGUGGUGUGGAUCUUGUCUGUGCAGCUCUCCUUGGUGCUGGGCCAGUUGAUUAUAGUUUAUUCCGGGAAACCUCCAGAGAUUUAUAUACCAAAGAUCUGCAUAAAAGCUUUCCCUCCAGGCUUCCCAGUUAGCAGCAAUAUUGGUAAUAUUUGCAGUACUGAGCGGGUGAAAGCUAACUGUGGGCGGCACAACCUACCUACGAAUAGCUUCGGACAUCUCCUCCGCCAAGCAGAAGCCAUCAACAGCCUGGAAGAAGGAUACAAAAAGUGCUGUGAGCAGAGUGAUAAGCUGAGUUGUGCAGAAACAGCGUGGAAGAAAACGCUAGAGGAUUACUGUGAAGAGGAGAUUUCUAUCAAAACCAAAGGGAACGUUUGCUGCAAUAGGCAAGGAGCUGCAAGAGAAUUGUGCUUCAGUAUCACGGCUCCCGAUCCCAAUUAUGGUGCCGAUUCUUCUCAAGAAGGAGAGUCCCCUGUGCGUCACGCAAGAGGCUUGAAUCGUUGUCCUCCUUUGUUGCCUAAUUGCUUGGGAAAAGCCAAGAACGAGGCGCCUAAUUUGCCCUUCCCACCCGGCAAACCAGAAUCCGGCAAUAUCAGGAACAUGUGUAGUCUGAGGCAUGUGAGGCCCAGAUACGGCAUCAUGCAACUGCCCGUCGGCAAGUCUUAUGUACAACAGACCCAAGCCCUCGACCUCUUGGAGGAUGAGUAUGAGAAGUGUUGUGAGGAUGAAAAUGUGCCCUGUGCUAAUGCUGCGUGGGAGAAGGUACUGGCCGAGUUCUGUACAUGGAAGAGAGAGGCUGAUAACAAGCCCUAUAAAUGUUGCCAAAAGCAGAGCCGGAUUAGUAUGUACAGCUGUUUUGCCAGACGGGCUCCCUACCCGCAAUACGACCGAGAAAUAGUAAAUAAAGAAUAGAAAAAGCCAGUGAAAGACAUGGUCAUCUUGUGAACAAAUCUGAACUAAUAUUGAGACUCUAGGGAACUAACAGAGACUUGCAGAAUGGCCCUUAACCUGGACUAUAAAGAAGGACAUGGAAAGAGGUGACUCAUUUGGCUGCUCCCUACACAAUGUACCUGGGAACCAAGGAAAUACUUGAUUGGCGCUAAUUUCUAGCAUUAGUCAUGUAAUAUUUAAAUUCAUUUUAUCAUUUAGGAGCUACAAGAUUAGGCUGCUGUGUUGGGAUCCUCGUUCUUACGGCUCUCCAUGUAUUUCACAGCUGCAAUGACAUGUCAAUAAAGUCUGCUU